CCCCCUUUACAAGAUAGAUAGAUAUACCUCGGUCAUGGGCAGUGCUCAAUGCUACAAACCAUAGUACCAUACUCCAGAGAGAAGAGAGAGAUGAGCAGCCAUUCUAGGUUCAGACUGUCCGAUCUCAUGCCAAACUCUUGGUUCUACAAGCUGAGGGACAUGAAGAGACCCAGGCCACCAAGACAGCAGAGAAGCUCUGCGGCUACAAAAACAUCAAAGAGGUCAUCAUCAAGCCACUACUACUACCAUGGAACCACCACUCCCAGGCCUCUUCCAUUAUCAACACACCAAUCCUACCCCUACCUACAAGCAAGGCAAAGUCUACCGGAGGACCUGGAUCUCUCCCCUCUCCAUCUCAACUCAAAAGCAAGAAACAUUCAACUCCGCAAAGAUCAGUUGGCAAAACCGAGAAGCGCUGCCUUGGUCAUCAACGAGGAGUUUCAAGGUUUGAAACUACGUCCGAUUCGCACACGGCCGGUGUUAAUUGAUUCCGGAAGUGUGCACCACAAUAAGACCCCAAGCAGUACGAGCCCGAGCUCGCCAAGGCUUAGGAGUCGAAGGCUUCAUGUUCUCAGCAGCGGUUGCAGAGUUAGCACCAGGCGCACUGGUCGCCGGAGAAGCGCCGCGAAGAGGAGCUUCGCCGUCGUGGUGGCGUCGACGGACCCGCACAGGGACUUCUGGGAGAGCAUGGUGGAAAUGAUCGUCGAGAACGACAUGCGCGGGAGUGAGGCUUUGGGGGACCUCCUUGAGUGCUACCUGUCAUUGAACUCGAGGGAGCACCAUGGAGUAAUCACGGAGGUCUUCAGGGGAAUCCGGCUUCAGGUUGCUGAUGCCCGUGUUGAGGUGUGAGGAAUAAUAUCGGAGCUGUGAAUAAUGUGUGUACGUGCGGUUGACUUUCUCUACCUGUGACAUUUUAGUACUUGCUAGCAUAUCUGUUGAUGUGUUAAUUUGUACUACUAAUAUUAACUGACAUACGGG